AUAUCAUUCUGUCACAUUCGUAGGGUCUGAAUUCGGAUUUUUUUCUGCAAGUUUUGGGGUUACUGUACUGGUUCUGUAUUCUGUGCAUUGAAAAGCUUAAGUUCUAUGUCAACAAUGGUGGUUUUGGUUUACUUUCUCUCUUACCUGAGAAUAUAAAGCUUAUUCCUUUCGACGUUCUCUCUCCUCUUUUCCCGUUUCGCCGAAAUGGGUCACCACUUGUAGACAUUGCACCCGAAUCGAAUCACACUUUAUGAAUCAAAGAGGCGGAGAGUAAGCGUAAGCUCACCCGUAAGCUCUACGAGCUUCCCUUCAAUUUUCCUCUCCCUCGCCCCCCAAAUCUUCGAUUCCUAUGUUUCCAAAACCCUAAAUCCGUUCGCUUUCUGAAAAAACCCUUCGUCAUUCGUCGAAUGGUCGCGGAGAAAUUCGUGGGUCCGUCGUGAAAAAGUGCCAGAGAGAGAGAGAGAGGAUGUGGUCGAUGAAUCUGCUGAGGCGUGGGGCCAUGGCCGCCAGGAGUAGGGUUUCACAGAGGAACAAAUUUGGUGGGUUCAGGAGCCUCACCGCCGUCGAACCACCGGCGGCUGAGACGGUGGAGGCGGCGAAGGCGACGGAGACGGCGAAGGAGGAGAAGGAGUUAACGGCGGAGGAGGCGAAGAAGCUGAUGAGACUGGUGAAUGUGGAAGAUCUGAAGAAGAAGCUUUCGGCCAUGGCGGAUAAAGAAGUGAUUCCUUACGAAGCCCUGUUAGAGGAGUCUCAGAGAAUAGGAAUCUCCAGAUCUCUGGACGAAGCUCAAACCUUUGCUCGUGCCCUCGACGCCGCCGGAGUUCUUCUCAUUUUCCGGGGAAAAGUCUAUCUUCAUCCCGACAGGGUGGUGGAUUUGGUCCGAAGGGCAAUACCCAUUGCUCCAACUCCCGAGGAUGAUCCAAUGAGGGAAGAAUUCGACAAGCUGAAGAUCAUCAAGGAAGAAAUCGAUGUUCUUGCUCAUAAACAGGUCAGGAAGAUUCUAUGGUGUGGUCUCGCAGCUUCUGUUGUCCAAAUCGGAUUCUUCUUUCGACUAACGUUUUGGGAAUUCUCAUGGGAUGUGAUGGAACCCAUUGCGUUUUUCACCACUUCCACUGGCAUAAUCGUGGGUCAUGGCUAUUUUCUCGUGACUUCAAGAGAUCCUUCAUAUCAGGAUUUCUUGAAGAGGCUGGUUAUCUCCAGGCAGAGGAAAUUGUUCAAGGAGUAUAAGUUUGAUGUUGAGAGGUACAAGGAAUUGGAGAAGAAGUGUAAAACCUCGUCUUGUCAUACUUCUUAGGGCUGGGCGUGGGUACCUGAGACCCGCGGGUUUCCGGUCGUGCGGGUAUUUGCUAAGUACCCGAAUAUGAAUAAAACGAGGAUUAUAUCUUUGAUAUUUUAAUGUAUUUACAAUAAUACCUAAAUAUAUUUUCAACUAAAAUUAUCAAUAUAUCCCUAAAGUCAAUAAA